AUGGCCACAAAGUUGAUCCAAUCACCAAUCCCAGCUUCCCACGUGUUCCUUCUGAGACCCAUUACCAGCAGCAAUAAGAAGACGAUGAAACUCGACACUCCAUUGAACUCCAUUAAUGCCAUCAAAUUAGGAUUUUGCUCCCAUUAUUCUUCAUUUCCUUAUUUCAAACCCGCCGCCCAAAACAGCUCCGAGGUGGUAAUAACAGAAGAAGAAGAACCUACAGAAAGAUGGACUCUUGCCCAAAUCAAACAUCAUCUUUUUGGUGCCCUUCAAGGUAUCACGAACAGAGGCAUAUUUGGAGUCCCAUCUGCAAAGAAAUCUGAAAUUGAAAAGGCGGUCCAGCUUUUGGAGUCUCAAAAUCCCACUCCUGAACCCACCCAGUCUUUAGAAAAGGUUGGUGGAGCUUGGAAGCUGAUUUACAGCACAAUUACAGUUUUGGGAUCUAAAAGGACUAAGUUAGGACUAAGGGAUUUUAUUACCUUGGAGGAUAUUUUCCAGAUUAUUAAUGUUGCUGAGGGCAAAGCAGUUAACGUGAUCAAGUUCAGUGCCAGAGGACUGAAUAUGUUGUCUGGACAGUUAACAAUUGAAGCUUCAUUUAAAGUCGUCUCCGAAUCAAGAGUUGAUAUCAGUUACGACAAGUCAAUGAUAACUCCUGAUCAGCUGAUGAAUGUGUUCAGCAAAAACUACGACCUUCUCCUGGGAAUCUUCAGUCCAGAGGGCUGGCUCGAGACCACAUAUGUUGAUGAUUCUUUGAGAAUUGGCAGAGACGACAAAGGAAAUGUCUUCAUUUUGGAGAGACGAGACGAUAAAUCCUGA